AUGGGCAAGAAGAAACAAUCCUCCAAUCAAAAGAACAAGACCAAAGAUGAAGAUUCAUCAUGGGAUGAAGUGGCACAAAUGGCUGCUCGUAAUGAAGUAGUAGAACAACAAGGAAAGAAAAAACAAAAAUCAUCUUCCGAACAAUCCAAUAAUACAACAGCAACAAAUAGUUCAUCCAACAAUACAACAGGUAUACCUUUCACUGAUCAACAAAUUCGUCAUCUUGUUGAAACUUUAUCAGCUCGUUUGAAGAAUGAAGAGAAGGCUGAAUUGGAAACAAUUGAACAAGAAACUGUAAAAACAAUUUCCGAUUUAAAGCUUGAAGUAAUGCAAAAGCUUGGAAUGGAUUCUUCUCAAUCCGAUAAAUUAAAGACAGUAACUCAAGUUUUGGAUAAACAUUUUGAUGGAGUUGCAAAGCAAAAUUCAGAAUUAAAACGUGAAAAUGCUAUUUUGACACUCCGAUUGCAAACAAGUGAAAUCAGAGGUGUAGAAGGUAUGUAA